AUGAAAAGAAAGCUAAGUUUUACUGGCACCCCUAAAAAUUAAAAUCUGUUUUAAGAAUUAGAGGAAAUUCUCAUGACUUCUCCUCCUAAUGCUGAACCAACGAUUGGAUCAGCAGAUCCCACUAAAUCUUAAUUCUAAUUUAAUAGGGCAUUUGAUCAAAGUCAUGAUUUGGUCGAGAUAAACGAUUUUAAGCCAAACAAUGAUGAUGAGUUUAAUUUGCUUGAGGAAUACGAACGAAAAACUUAAAAUUCUGAUGGGAUUAAAAACAACCUUAACUAAACAUUUGAAAACCUCCAAACUUAUGUUAACAAUCCCUAAGAUCCUAAUCUAAAAUAAAUUUUAGAAGAGUAUCAGCCAGAGAGCGCAGAAAUAGAUCUUGAGGAAUUGAAAUAAUCUAAUGAUUUCUAUAUUAAAAAAUACCCUGAUGCAGUAUACUUUGGUGAAUGUGUAAAAUCUUCAAAAGGAAAACUAAUAAGACAAGGUAAAGGUAUAAUGAAGUAUCAAAACAGCAGAGUAUACGAAGGCGAGUGGCUUAAUGAUUAAAGACAUGGAAGAGGUUUCGAACAUUAUCCAAAUGGCAACAUUUAUCAGGGAGAAUUCGAAAAUGGUAAAGCGCAUGGGUAGGGUCAUUAUUCAUGGGUAUAAUCAGGUGAAGUAUACGACGGUUAGUGGUAAAAAGGUAUAAGACAUGGAAAAGGAGUUUGGAAGAGAUAAAACAAAAAUAGUAGUGUAGCUGAAAAUGGAAUUAUAGACUCUUACGUGGGAGAAUGGAAAAAUGGAAAAGCUGAUGGAUUCGGAGUUCAUACAUGGAGUAAUGGCGAUUAAUACGAAGGGGAAUGGAAAGCUUGUAUGAAACAUGGAAAAGGAGUUGAUUUAUUUGCUAAUGGAGAUUCUUAUAAUGGAAUGUACAAAGAUGGUAAACCACAUGGUGAGGGUAAAUAUGUAUGGACAAAUGGAAGUUAUUAUGAGGGAACUUUUAGAAACGGUUUAAAGCACGGCUUUGGAAAAUGGAAAAAAUAUGUUCCAAAUGUAAAUGGAUAAUAAGCCACUAAAAUUGACAUUAUAGCUGAUCAGCUAAAAUCUAACUUUAUGUACUAUGAAGGUGAUUAUAAAAAUGAUAAAAAGGAUGGUAAAGGGCACUUCGUUUGGCCAACUGGAAAUUACUACAAAGGAGACUAUAAGGAUGAUGAAAGAGAAGGCAAUGGAGAAAUGAAAUGGAUUGAUGGCACUUAGUAUGUUGGUUCUUGGAUUAGAGGGGUUUAACAUGGUUAUGGUAAGAUAAUUAUGCCAGAUGGAACUAUGAAAGAGGGCUAUUUUGAGAAUAAUAUAUUUCUUGGAACAAGACCAAGAACUUAAGGAAAAUCAUAAGAAGGUAGAAAAAUCAACAAGCUAAUGCGAUCUGAUAAAAAAGACAAUCUGAACAAUAUUCAUGAUAAAGAUAUUAAUGACAUAGAAGAUAAAUAUAAAAAUAUGAUCAGUCUUGCCCAGCAGUCAGGGAAAAAUGGAAACUUGGCUAGUCUUGAAAAGCUUCGUUCUCGAAGCUAAAAUAUGAGUUAAUAACAAAUGGAGGCUUAGAGGCCUUAAUCUUAAUAAGAUCCUAAAGUUAAUAAUAAUUUUGAAGAAGCUGGAACCUUAGACUAAUUAGUUGAUUAAAGAAAGCUAAAUAAGAAAACAUAAAGAUUUCACUCUGAUAGACAUGAGAAAUAAGUAGAUGAGAACAGGCAAGCUUAAUUUACUCAAAAUCAAUAAAAUUAGGCUUAUUUACAAGAGUAAAAUUUAUAGAAACCUUUGAUCUAUCUAAAACCAUCUAGCUAACCUUCAACUAAUAAUAGCAAAAGAGAGAGUUUAGAUGUGUUAAAUGAAAUAAAUAACGAAGCUCAUUAGAUACUAGGAAGAAAUCCAAUAAAAUACUUUGAAUAAUAGAUGGUUGGAAGAGAUACUAAAAAGCGAUAUUCAGGAAUGAAUAAAGGUACUUCCGCUCCUUUGCACACUUAAACUAUUCAGUAGCCUACAAUUCCUUUAGUACAAAUGAGAUCGUCAUAGUAAUAAUUGAGAAGUAACUAUUUAAUUACGCCUCCAUAACCAUUAGGUUCGAGAAUGAUGAACUCUGGCAUGAAGGCUUAAAGAAUAGAUUCAAAUACAUCUCUCUUAAGUAGCGGUAGCAAGCAAAGAAUAACUCCUCGGGGCUCAAGUGAUUAAAAAAUGUAUAGAGAUAGAUCUCAAACUCAAACCUAGUUCUACAGAAAUUAAGAGUCCCUUUAAACGUUGCAAAACGAGAGAGAUCGUGAAGCUAAUAACAUCAAAGCUCUUAUAAAUUCUAGCAGUAGUGGAUAUUUACUGAACAGAUAUGAUCAGAUCCCAUAACAGUAGUAAAGAAGUAUACCCUAGAACCCUCUCAAACUUAUGAUGACAUCAUAACAGAAUUUAGCCAGAUAUAGGGCAAGCGUAGUAAACAUCAAUAAGCCUUCAUCAGUAAACGCCCAUUCAAGAAAGAAUAGCAGAUUGCAAGUGAGUACCAAGAUAAGUCAAAGAAGAAACAGCAAUAAAAGAGUCUCAAUUACCUCUAGUGGAACUAGACGUAAUGAUUGA